GGUGUGUGCAUUCAAGCAUGAAAUGAAAAGGAACAUCAGAAACAGACUAUGUCACGCUUAAAUGCCUUAAAAGCCAGACACUAGACACUUGUACACAACUGGAAAGGAGUGAGUUAAAUUUGAAGCUGAUUUUAGCUGAGUUCUGUUUAAAAUGUCGGACACAGUGACAUACUUCUAUUUAAGCUUGGGUGCAGUUGGGGGAGCAGCUGCUGUGAUUUCACUCAUAGUAUCCACGGCUGUGUUCUGGGAUACAAAGUUGAUUAAGAAUGCAAGGCUUAUGAUUAGAAAGGAAGCAAGGCAAAGAGAUGGAAGGCCCAUUGGAUUGGACAACCCAGCUUUACUACUGGAUGAAACCGGGCAUUCUACAAUGCAUUCGGAUAUUUCUCCCACCAGUCCACACCAGUUUAGUAAGUUAAUGUUCAUGUGGGAAAUGUAUAAAGUAAAAAUAUAAACGAAUAUUAACUAGCCUACAAUAUACUGAAAUAUCACAAAACUGUUGUAUAAUGAUUAUGUUUAUGUUAUAUCAUAUGUUAAUUAUAAAAAGAAAAGAAUGAUGAGAGAAGUUAAGUAU